AACUUCGCUGUGUUUUUAUCCCCAUCUCCGCCCCCAAAUCCCUCUCUCUCUCUCUCUCUCUCUCUCUCUCUUAUUCCGAUUCCCCCCCGAUCCUAUCCUGCUCAGAUCUAUUUCCUCUCUCCUCCGCUGCCCCCAUAGGUGCCCUAGUUCUUGGGCGAUUACUCUGAGGAUCGAGCUCUCGACGCCUCGGAAUCGUCCCGGAUUGGCGAGAUCGAUCCCGGAUUCUCGAUCGUAUUACGCGGAGGGAGGUAAAGGAGAGAGCCUGGGAGUGGGUUGGGGGUGCGCGGCCAUGGAAUCCGCCGCGGAGCGGGAGGGGGUUCGCCCUUUAACGGCGGAGGAGGAGGCGCUGAAGCGGAACACCGAUUGCGUCUACUUCCUCGCCUCGCCAUUGACGUGCAAGAAGGGUAGCGAAUGUGAGUAUCGUCACAGUGACGGAGCAAGAGUUAAUCCCAGGGAUUGUUGGUACUGGUUCAAUGGCAGCUGCUUGAAUUCAAAAUGCUCAUUUCGACACCCGCCGCUCGAUGGUUUGUUUGGUGGCCCGCCAACUUCAGGACCCACCCCACCUCCUCCAUCACAGGCCCCAGCAUCCGCACAGGGAACUGCACCCCAUUUUCCUCCUUAUAACACGAACAAGCAGAGUGUUCCAUGCUACUAUUUUCAGAAGGGUAACUGCAUGAAGGGUGACAAAUGCCUGUUUAUGCAUGGGCCUCAGGCUGCUGCAAACCCUAAUCCUCAGCAGUCGGCCAAGGUUCCGAUAGCUUCUACUGAGCCACCUCAGUCCCAGAAGAAGGAUUCAUGGGGUAUCAAGGAGUGUCAACAGCAAAAUGUACCUACUCAGCAGAGUGCAGCUAUAACAAGUGCCGAUAAACCAAAAGCCAAUAUUGAUAAGCCGGCUGUACAUGUUGAUAAGCCAAAAGUCAAUGUUGAAGAGCCCGCCGUAGCACCGCCAACUUCUGCAAAAGCUUUUAUCAAGGCUGAGGGUGCAUCACAUAAUGUACAGCCUGUAAAGAAAAGUUUGCCGCCUUAUUUGCCAGAUGAUGAUCUUCCUGAAUUCGAUCACAAUUAUCUUGCUGCUGGCAAGGGGUAUGUGCAGCAGAGGAGGAGCCGAAGUCACCAAGUUCAGCAUUUGGAUGACCGGGCCCAGAAUGGUAAUAGGGAUGCUGAUGAGUUCUUGGGGGAGUCUUCUCCGGGCUUUGAUGUUCUUGUGGACAAUGAAGAUGAAGAUUCUGGUUAUUUACACAAUGAAGACAAUUUUGCAGGACCGUUGGUUAACCCUAUUGAUGAUUACGACUACCAUCGAAGUGAAUAUGAACUCGCGGUCAAAGAUGAAAGAGAUCGAUACAACGAAAUGGCAAUGUACGAUCGGCUUGGACGGGCACACGGCAACUACGAGCUGGAUCGUUUUAGGGCUUCACCCGAGAGAUUGUCUGUCCGUGAAAGAAGGCUUUUGCACAGAGAGGCUGACCGUGAGGAGAUUGGUGGGUCGGAUUUGCGCCAUCGGCUUACAAAGCAGAGAAGACUUAAUGGUUCGAGAUCAGCUCUUAGUCCCGAUGGCCGUGGUGAGCACUACCGAAGGGAAAAACAGUAUCCAGGGGAGAGAAGGCGGGACCAUCAUUCUCGCAGAAACCAUGACCACCCUCAGCGUGAGAGCUCAAUAAGCACCCGCCUCCAAGGUAGAAUAAGACUUCCUAGGAGAUCUUCACCAGAUAGAGCUGAUCUCAAAGAGAGAGAUAGAGGAAGACCUCGAGGUAGAGUCUCUCCAGUUCGGCCGGUAGACCUUCACAGUAGGCAUCAGGAAAGAACGAGGAAAAUAAGUGAGGAAUUCACCACUGACGGUAGGAACCUUGGGGGCAGGCUAGGUAAAAGAGAUGAAGUGCAGUCAGUGAACUUUCCUGGUCCGAAAAGUCUCGCAGAGCUGAAAGGUGGGAAGGCCGUCGAGAGCUCCCAAGAGCAGCCGGCAAAGGGUACGACUUCUGCUUCUAAAGAGCAACUUCGAGAACCUGUAGGUUCCCUUGGUUUUGAAGGUCCAAAACCACUUAGUGUCAUCCUGAAAAGGAAAAGAGAGGCAGCAUUGGGUAAUGGUGAAUCGUCUGGUGUCAGAAAAGAAGACGUUGAACGAGAUGCUGGGACACACGAAAAAGGUGGUGAGCAAGAAAUGGGCAGUACCCUUGAAGUGCACAAGGUUGGAACGGUCGAAGAAGAGGAAGAAGAAGGUCUGAUCCCUUCAGAUGGCGAGGAUAUAAAUUAUGAUGGCAAAUCUUCAGCAAAAGGAGAUAUGGUUGAAGCUGAAGAUGGUGUUGAUGCUAUAGAGGAUCAAGAGCUGGAGAAUUAUGAUCAGAGGGAUGGAGAGUCUGAUUACGAGGCAAUGGAGGGCGGUGAUUAUAAAGUAGAGGAGAAUGCUUAUCCGGAGGACGAUGAUGAUUUGGAUGAUGAGGAUGACUUUGCGCGGAAAGUCGGGGUCAUGUUCUCUUGAAGUCUAGUUUUAGUGGGAGAGCGGAAGGGAAUGUUAUUGCUUGCGGUUGUUUUGCUUUAAGUAAAAGGCCUCGAGAAUUUCUGUGGCGCAUUAUGGUUUUUUUAAAAGUUAAUAGUGCCAAAACCUGUUUCUUAUAUGAGGCUGAUAGAAGUAGGUUAGAUAUGAAAUGGGGAGGGUCAUAAUUUUAAACUUGGUGCAUGAGGAUUUGUGGGCUUUGUUCAAUUUUUGAUCCUUGUGCCCUUGAAGCAUGUGUUCUAUUUGUUUCCUGACUCGUCGCGAGAUGAUUUACUUUGUCUAUUUACGCAGAAAAUGGAUAAGAUAAUGAAUCAGCCUGAUUAGGGCAUAUUUGACUUCA